UGUCCCACAUCUUGUACCAAGAUGCUAAAACCAGUAUGUGGUUCUGAUGGUAAGACGUACCCUAACAAAUGUGUCCUGGAGAAAAUAUCGUGUGAGAACAAUAUAACGAUUGUUAUCAAAGCAWAUGRAAAAUGUAAAGACAUUAUUUCAAAAGCUACAAAGCCACUCAACACUUGCGCUAAAAAGAACUGUACUGGUCUACCUUACUCGACAUGUAAAAUCAUUAACAAUCAGCCAACUUGUGUAUGUCCGACUUCAUGCAACAAGACACUCAAGCCAGUUUGUGGCUCAGAUGGCAAGACCUACAUGAACGCCUGCUACUUAGAGAAAGUGUCCUGCGAAGAUAAAACAAUGAUUAUCAUUAAGUCAAAUGGGAAAUGUCAAGAAAGAGUCCCUCAGUAUACUACUAAAGAACCAGGAACAUGUGACCACGUGGAUUGUACAGGCCUUCCCUACAUGAGCUGYGAGGUGAUCAACAACCGACCAACAUGCGUUUGUCCAACAUCUUGUACARAGACCCUAAAGCCUGUUUGUGGCUCAGAUGGCAUGACUUAUCCUAACGAAUGCACCAUGAGGAAACUUUCAUGUGAGAAUAGAAAACUGAUUAUKUYCMAGAAAAAUGGCCCAUGCAAAGGUACAGUGCAAAUUUGUGAUGGUAUUAAAGCAGAASAAGACCGAUGUGCCACAGURAACUGCUCCAAGGUGCCAUACUCGAAUUGUGAGGUAGUUAAUAGGCAAGCAAUUUGCGUCUGUAGGACAUCUUGUCCUACGACCCACAAGGCUGUCUGUGGAUCAGAUGGUAAGACGUAUCCUAACGUGUGUAUCAUGGAGAAAACAUCAUGCCAAAAUAAAAUACAUGUUACUSUCAACAAGAUCGGAAAUUGCGAAGAAGCUCCGUCUAUAAUUACUAAACAACAGCGAUCAUGUGCCGAAAUGAAUUGUUCAGCUGUUCCAUACUCAAGCUGUGUUAUGGUGGAAGAUCAACCAACUUGUGUGUGUCCGUCAUAUUGUACCAAGAUUCUCCAACCAGUUUGUGGUUCCGAUGGUAAGACCUAUCCUAACAAGUGUACGAUGAAGAAAGUCUCUUGUGAGAAUUCAACCAUGAUUACAGUUCACAACAUUGGAAAGUGCAAAGAACCAGAGACAUGUGCAAAAAAGAAGUGCUCCAGUCGGCCAUACUCGAUAUGUAAAGUGAUAGAUCACAAGCCAUCUUGUAUAUGUCCGACUUCGUGUAUAAAGAUCUUGAAGCCAGUGUGUGGCUCAGAUGAUAAGACCUAUCCAAACGUGUGCAUCAUGGAACAAACAUCAUGCGAAAGCAAAGCGUUGAUCACCCUCAAAGCAAAUGGAAAAUGUAAAGUUACAAUGCUAGAGAAAAAGACCUGCAAAGAUAAAGACUGUUCUAGUCUACCAUACUCCUCUUGCAAAAUGGUAGACAACCAACCAACAUGUGUAUGUCCAAUAUCUUGUAACAAGAUACUCAAACAAGUGUGUGGCUCAGAUGGYAAGACUUAUCAMAAUGUGUGCCUCUUGGAGAAGACAUCGUGCGAGGAGAAAACCCUAAUUACCAUAAAAGGUUUUGGUAAAUGUAAAGACGAUCAAUGCAAAAAAUGUUACAAUCGUCCAUACGGUCGUUGCCUGAUUGGGGACAAUCAAAAUCCUCCAGCAUGUACCUGCCCAACAAUUUGCUCAAGAAGGUUUUACCCCAUCUGUGGGUCGGACGGUGAUUCGUACUUCAACAUCUGUGAGAUGAAAAAGACGGCAUGUGUAAAAAAUGUUAUGAUAACUGCUUCAAAGAAAGGAUUCUGCGAAAAUUUAUGCUUAAGAAAAGACUGUGCCAUCGAGUUACCUUAUUCAUCAUGCAAGGUGAUAGGMAACAAACCCAGAUGCUURUGCCAACCUUUUUGUGGUGGCCUUUACCAACCUGUCUGUGGAACUGACAAUGUGACUUAUUCCAACGAMUGCAUGAUGAGAAAGACCUCAUGCGAGACCAGAUCAUGGAUUAGUGUUAAUCACGAAGGAGCUUGUGAAGACAUCAAAGCAUAUGCACAACCACUGGAAUCGCCUUGCGCAACAAAGAACUGCUCAAGCGUGCCUUACUCCUUUUGUAAGAUGGUGAAAAACAAACCAAGCUGCACUUGUCCUGGGGCAUGUAAAACGACUCUUAGACCAGUCUGUGGAUCAGAUGGUGCGACUUACUUGAAUCUUUGCCUAUUGAAGCUAACCUCGUGUAAAAGAGGGAAGUUAGUGACUAUCAAGGCGAAAGGUCAUUGCCCAGACAAAUGUUCAAAAGUCAAAUGCAAUUUCUACGCCAAAUGUCGUGUUCAGAGAAAUAAGCCGACGUGUAUCUGCCCAAAAAGACGAUUUUGCAGGAACAUCAAGUCUCCUGUAUGYGGAUCAGACGGGAAAAUGUAUAACAACCAAUGCAUCAUGCGAGCUGUAUCGUGUGCUUUGAAGACGUCAAUCAGGACAGUUGCUGACACUAGAAAGUGUUCAGGACAGAGAUGCAGUCGCCCUGGUUCAACAUGCUCCUCACGUCCUUACUCCAGAUGCUCUAUAUAUCGUGGUCGCCUGAUUUGCAUGUGCCCGCGAUAUUGUCAAGCAGCAUACAAUCCAGUGUGUGGKUCAGAUGGCAGAGUAUAUGGUAAUGAAUGCACUCUGCGAAAAUUUGCCUGUUCAAAAAUGCGAUUGAUUAAAAAAGUUGACGGGAGACGAUGCGCGCCCUUAAACACUUGCCGCAAAGUUGUAUGCAGAAGAGGGCAGCAGUGUAAACUAAUUUCCAACAGACCCAAGUGUGUUAGUCGCUUSUGUGUGCGACGUUGUCCAUCACAAGCACGACUCGUGUGUGGAACUGAUAGAAAUACUUACAGAAAUGACUGUGAACUUAGACGUAAAGCAUGCAAGGAAAAUAUCAGAAUCAGAAGAGCAGGCUUUGGCGCUUGCAAAAGAUAAAUUCGUUAGAUGGRGGAUGAGAAAGGAACUUUAUACACACUUAUCAUUUGUGACUCUUGUACAGCAAUACCUUGAUAGCAACGUUUCCUUCCAUGUGGUAACCUUGAAGAAGAAGAACUUGUAUACACUUGUUUCAACAAUUAUGGAUUUUAACCAGAGAGUGUAUUUUCGCGGCUUUUUCAUCAUGAAAUUCUCCAAAUGGUUGACUUUGUAAAAACAUGAGGGUUUAAAAGCUCGUAACUUAAAGUAUUUGUUAACUAUAUAUAUAUAUAUUUUUUUUUACGUUUUGGACAGAAAAUAUAAUCUAUUUGAAGAGUC